CUCUCCCGGUGCGCCGCUCGACCUCCUCCUUCCUCCCACUCAGGUGCGCCGCCGGCCCUCUUCCCCCCUCCCUCUCUGCUGCGCUGCCGGCCCUCUCCCUAGCUUCAGCUCGUGCGCGCUGCGGGUCCUCUCCCUCGCUCCAUCUCCCUCGCCCCAUCUCCUGCACAGCUGUCCCUCUCCCUCGCUCCACAUCUUGCGCCGCCGGACCUCUUCCUCGAUCCAUCUCCUGCGCCGCCGGUUGCUGCCUCUCCUGCGCUGCCGGCGUGUCGGACGUUCAAAAAUCUCGUCCCCCCUUUGGGUUAGCGUAGACAGGCAAGGGGGCGGCAUUACCACCGGUGGAGAUUGCACCCUAGGACCGACCCCAGGCUUUAUGGACUAGCCAAGAACCCUAAACAAAAAAAAUCCCCAUCUUCUUCCCCUCUAAAUCUCCCAAUCCCCUGCUCCUUCGAGAAAAUCUGCCCGAGAUUCCGCACGAGCACCGCCGGUUCCCUCUAGGAAGGGGAGGGAUCCGACCCAUCUCCGCGGCGGCGGCGAAUCGUGGAAGAUGAAUCCCCUGACGCAGGUGAAGCGGACGCAGGUGAUAAACCAGAAGGAGGCGGCGCUGGGCCUCAGCGAGGACGCAUCCUGGCACGCCAAGUUCAGGGGCUCCGCCUACGUCUUCGUCGGCGGCGUCCCCUUCGACCUCACCGAGGGCGACCUCCUCGCCGUCUUCGCGCAGUACGGCGAGGUGGUUGACGUGAACCUCGUGCGCGACAAGGCCACCGGCAAGUCCAAGGGCUUCGCAUUCGUCGCCUAUGAGGACCAGAGGAGCACGGUUCUUUCCGUCGAUAACUUGAAUGGGGCUAAGGUUCUUGGGAGGAUCAUCAGGGUUGACCAUGUGGAGAAGUACAAGAAGAAGGAGGAGGAGGACGAGGAGGAGCUGCAGAAGAAGAGGGAGGAGCGUGGCGUGUGCUAUGCUUUCCAGAAAGGCGAGUGCAACCGCGGCGAUGCGUGCAAAUAUUCCCAUGAUGAACAGAGAAAUGCAAACACUGGUUGGGGUUCUAAGGAGGAUGACCCAAAAUGGGAGCAUGACAGACACCGUGGUCCACAAAAUAAGGGGGAAUCCUGUGGUGUCUGCUAUGCUUUCCAGAAAGGCGAAUGCAGUCGGGGAGAUACCUGCAGGUUUUCGCAUGAUGAGCAGGUAGCUGUCCAGGGACGUGGCGUCUGCUAUGCUUUCCAGAAAGGUGAGUGCAGUCGCGGAGCUUCCUGCAAAUUUUCACAUGAUGAGCAGAGAAAUGCAAACACUGAUCGAGGUUCUAGGGAGGACAGCAAUGCAAGGCGGCAGCAUGACCAUGAUCCACCAAAGAGCCACAAAAUUUUCCCUGACAGGACUAAAGAAGAGGCGAGAUCAGGGGAUAGGGAUGGUCAAUCCUCAAGAUCAGAGUUGUACAGGGACCGAGAUUCUAGGACAAGAUAUGGCGAUAGAGACACAAAAGAUAGGGACAGGAACAUGCACGAGAAAUCCCCUGAGAGAUCCAGAGGCGACAGGCAGAGAGGCGAUGACAGGGGAAGAGAAGAUAGAUCAGACACAAAAGAUAGGGACAGGAACGGGCACGAGAAAUCCCCUGAGAGAUCAAGAGGCGACAGGCAGAGAGGUGAUGACAGGGGAAGAGAAGAUAGAUCAGACAUAAAAGAUAGAGACAGGAACGGGUAUGAGAAAUCCCCCGAGAGACCAAGAGGCGAUAGGCAGAGGGGCGAUGACAGGCGAAGAGAAGAUAGAUCAGAGAGCAAGCGGUCUAGGCACGACAGAGAUUCUGGUGUCCGUUACGAGAGAAGAGGCGACGAAGAGGAAGAACGGUACAGGAAAUUGCAGAGAUAAAACUUUGGUUUUCAGCGCACGCGCUGCCGUUGCUAUUCUAAUCUGGUUGAUGUUUGUACCUGUUCUUUGGUGUUCAGUCCUUUGGUGUUUGCUUGUUCUUUUCAUUUACGAGGUUUCUGAACAUACUAGCCAAUGGAUGAUUUUGCAGGGUUUCAACUCAAUCCAUUGGUUUCCACAGCA